UCCAGUGUCAGACCCUCAACGUCUCACCCACAGCGUUCGCCUAGAAUGCAUGACAACAUGUCCACAAUGGUGUACAUGAAGGAAGACAAGCUGGAGAAGCUCACGCAGGAUGAAAUCAUCUCCAAGACAAAGCAAGUGAUCCAGGGGCUGGAAGCUCUGAAGAAUGAGCAUAAUUCCAUUUUGCAGAGUUUACUGGAGACACUGAAGUGUUUGAAGAAAGAUGAUGAAAGUAAUCUGGUGGAGGAGAAAUCAAACAUGAUCCGAAAGUCCCUGGAGAUGCUGGAGCUUGGCCUGAGUGAGGCUCAGGUCAUGAUGGCGCUAUCGAACCACCUGAACGCCGUGGAGUCGGAGAAGCAGAAGCUGCGUGCGCAGGUGCGGCGUCUGUGCCAGGAGAACCAGUGGCUGCGGGACGAGCUGGCCAACACCCAGCAGAAGCUGCAGCGGAGCGAGCAGUCCGUGGCCCAGCUGGAGGAGGAGAAGAAGCACCUGGAGUUCAUGAACCAGCUGAGAAAGUACGAUGACGACGUCUCGCCUUCG